GGCAUUAUUUGCGGUAAGGAUACACCCCACUCCGAGGGCGACAUGCACGUGAGUGUCAUGAUGGAACUUUGUGUGUAGGUGGCACUCGAGUCUAGUUAUUUUUUACGCAAGACCAGCGUGCUUGUGCACGGCAGUGUUUUUCUCUGGUGUGUGUGUGUUUGGUGGUAACAGCAGCAAGUCAGAUGAGACAGGUGUGGGAGGCCACUAGUUUGUGGAGAAGACUCAGAUCAGUGCGCGCCGACUUCCUUGUCAGCACAGAACCAAGCUUGAAACAUGCGCUUUUAAAUCAAUGCCAGAAAAGAACAACGAAAAUAGUGGCUUGCUUUGUUGGCCCUUCCUUUGUACUGGGCUCUGUGCAGGGCAUGUCACCUGAGCUGUCACUGUGUUUAGUACCAGCUCCCUCUUUAAUAGGUGUGGACGUCUUCCUGAACAGCCUGAAGCAGACGGUGGUGACCCUGGCAAGCAGCGCAGACGUGCUGAGCACCGUGCCUCCCAGGCCAUGCUGCAGAGCGGCUGGUCCAUGCUGUUGCCCACCGCCGAGAAGCAGGCCCGGGCACUCUGCUCUCCUGCCCUGCGGAGUUUCAGGCAAUGAAGUGAACAUAAGUCCAGGUCGUCGAUUCGUGAUUGAUCUUCUGGUGGGCAGCUUGAUGGCUGCUGGAGGAUUGGAGUCAGCCUUACACGCAGCCAUUACUGCAGAGAUCCAGGAUGUUGAAGCCAAAAAAGAAGCACAGAAGGAAAAAGAAAUUGAUGAACAGGAAGCAAAUGUCUCAACAUUUCAUAGAAGGAGGACUCCAUUGGAUAAAGACCUUAUUAAUACGGGGAUCUGUGAGUCUUCUGGCAAACAGUGUUUGCCUCUGGUUCAGCUCAUACAACAGCUUCUUAGGUAAAUCAUAUUAGCUGUAUUGUAUUGUGUUUUAUUUAUUUACUUUUUUUUGUUUUUUUGAGACAGAGUUUCACUCUUGUUGCCCAGGCCGGAGUGCAGUGGCGCAAUCUUGACUCACCACAACCUCUGCCUCCCUGGUUCAAGUAAUUCUCCUGCCUCAGCCUCUCGAGCAGCUGGGAUUACAGGCAUGCGCCACCACGCCCCACUAAUUUUGUAGUUUUAGCAGAGAUGGGGUUUCUUCGUGUUGGUCAGGCUGGUCUUGAACUCCCGACCUCAGGUGAUCCACCCACCUUGGCCUCCCAAAAUGUUGGGAUUACAGGCAUUAGCCACCACGCCUGGCCUAUUUAUUUACUUACUAAUGUUUUUUGUUUUUGUUUUUUUUUUUUGAGAUGGAGUCUUGCUCUAUCGUCCAGGCUGGAGUGCAGUGUCACGAUCUUGGCUGACUGCAACCUCUGCCUCCUGGCUUCAAGCUAUUUUCCUGCCUCAGCCUCCUGAGUAGCUGGGACUACAGGCGUCUGCAACCACACCUGGCUGAUUUUUGUAUUUUUAGUACAGAUGGUGUUUUACCAUAUUGGUCAGACUGGUCUCAAACUCCUGACCUCAGGUGAUCCACCUGCCUUGGCCUCUCAAAAUGUUGGGGUUAUAGGCGUUAGCCACUGUGCCUGGCCUGUUUUGAAUUUUAAUAGGUGAUUAUUGGUUUUCAUAUUAAGAUAGUGAAAUCCAGCGCAAGGAUCUCAAAAAUUUGUUUGGUGGUUGAAGGAAUAUUCUGAAAAUUACCUAGUAUAGAUGUUAGGAUAAAGAGCAGACCCUUCUCAAUAUAGGUGAGAGGAGAAGUUGGAGGGUAUGAUGAUACUCAAAAGUUUUUCACAGAAGAGAAAUUGGGGUGUGCAGUAAACAUGUAAAAAGAUUCUUACUAAUAAGCAGGUGGAUGCAAAUGAAAAUCAUCAUGGAAGGUUAUUUUUAAAACUGGUUGUAUCAUUGCCUCACUUUAUAUAUUACAGAGUUAUACAUACUGCUUUGUAAGAUAACUUUUCUUUUCAAAACUAAAGUCAAUGUGAAAGAAUGGUGAGCAUUGUUUUGGAAGGCCAGACUAGGAGGAGGUGGGAAGAAGUGAGACUCAGCCUGUGAACAGAGGCUAACCUUGGCAGAAGCCAAAACAGUCAGACAGUGUUGUCUAAAAAUGAUCAUUCAAGAAGAGCGAAAAAACAAAGUGAUUUGUGAAAGAGAUUUAUUAAAAAUGAAACACAUUUAUACCUCUGUUUAAUAAAAAUCUGCUUUUUGUCAAA